AAGAGCGCUUGCGAGAGGCCUCGGCCAGGGAGGCCGGCGGCCGCCGCUGCCUCGCCGGGCCACGGGGCUCCGCCAGCCCGGCUCUCUGCUCGCCGUCCGCGCCCUUCCGCCGCCGCCUCCGCCCGCUCCCCCUGCGCACCGCUGAGCCCGCCCGCCCGGGCGCCGGCCCCUUCCCAUGCGGGCGGCGCGGGCCCUGGGAGGGGCGCCCCGAGCCAGCCGCGCAGCAUGCACUGGGGGGUUGGCUUUGCCUCGUCCAGGCCGUGCGUGGUGGACCUGAGCUGGAACCAGAGCAUCUCCUUCUUCGGCUGGUGGGCCGGGUCCGAGGAGCCCUUCUCCUUUUAUGGGGACAUCAUCGCUUUCCCUUUGCAGGAUUACGGUGGGAUCAUGGCAGGGCUGGGCUCGGAUCCCUGGUGGAAGAAAACCCUUUAUUUGACCGGGGGAGCUUUGCUGGCCGCGGCUGCGUAUCUGCUCCACGAACUCCUGGUCAUUAGGAAACAGCAAGAGCUUGACUCCAAAGAUGCUAUUAUUUUGCAUCAGUUUGCGAGACCUAACAAUGGUGUCCCCAGCUUGUCUCCUUUCUGUUUGAAAAUGGAAACUUACUUAAGAAUGGCCGACCUACCGUAUCAGAACUAUUUUGGUGGAAAACUCUCUGCUCAAGGGAAAAUGCCUUGGAUUGAAUAUAAUAAUGAAAAAGUGUCUGGCACAGAAUUUAUAAUCGACUUUCUGGAAGAGAAACUUGGAGUGAACUUAAAUAAAAAUCUUGGCCCCCAUGAAAGAGCUGUCUCAAGAGCCGUGACCAAGAUGGUGGAAGAGCACUUCUACUGGACGUUAGCUUAUUGCCAGUGGGUGGACAAUCUCAAUGAGACCCGGAAGAUGCUGUCACUUAGUGGUGGUGGUCCCUUCAGUAACCUGCUCAGGUGGGUCGUGUGCCACAUAACAAAAGGAAUUGUGAAGCGGGAGAUGCACGGCCACGGCAUUGGCCGCUUCUCGGAGGAAGAGAUUUACAUGCUGAUGGAGAAGGACAUGCGGUCUUUAGCGGGGCUUUUGGGUGACAAGAAGUACAUCAUGGGGCCAAAGCUUUCUACUCUUGAUGCUACUGUCUUUGGGCACUUGGCACAGGCGAUGUGGACCUUGCCUGGGACAAGACCGGAGCGGCUCAUCAAAGGUGAGCUGAUCAACCUUGCCAUGUACUGCGAGAGGAUCAGGAGGAAAUUCUGGCCCGAGUGGCACCAUGACGAUGACAACACCAUCUAUGAGUCUGAGGAGAGCAGCGAGGGUAGCAAGACUCACACACCCAUGCUGGAUUUUAGCUUUUACUCAAGGACAGACACCUUUGAAGACGAGGGGGCUGAGAACAGUUUUUCCAGGACCCCAGACACGGAUUUCACCGGACACUCUCUCUUUGACUCUGAUGUAGACAUGGAUGAUUAUACAGAACACGAACAGUGCAAAUGAUGCCCGUCAUGGACCCUCUUCUCAGGAGUCACCACUCCCUGGGGUCGGUCUUGUUUCCCAGGUAGAAAUCCAUCUGAGCUGGGAGGAGACCUUCAAGCUUGGGCCAGUUUUAACAUGCUAACUGGACUAUAAGCCGCCUUAUUUCUUUUUUCUUUCUUUCUUUCUUUCUUUUUUUUUUUUUUGUACAAACAAAAAACACAGAACCAUUCAGAUGGCUUCGUCCAGAGCAGACAAAACAAAUAUCAGCAUGGUACCUGAAAUCCAUUUUUGUUUUCAUUAGAAAACCAAUAUUGUGUGGGAGGUACACGAGUGGGUUGUCAACUGGUAUUGCUCCUGUUCAACUGAGGACUCGGUUGUCAGAUGGAUUCUUGACCAUCUUUCAUCGACUGGGGUUUUAAGUAAUGAGAAAUGCUAUCAGAAAAGAUGUAGGAGUUUGUGCCCUUUGGCUGCUGUUGUACUUUAUGUAUGUGCUUGUAUGUCGAGACAGAAGUCAAGUGAAGUCCACCGAUAUUCAGUGGAUGGCUGUUUUGUGUGCGGCGCUGAAUGGGGGUGCUACACAGCACGAGUGUCAUUCUCACUGCCAGUGACUGGCUGUGUGAUUGGGGCAGGCCCUGUAACUAUUGUGUGCCUCAUUUCCCCCACCUGUAUGGUGGGGGUUACAAUACUCUCCACCUACCUACCUCACAGGGGUGUUGUGGGGACUCACGUGGCAGCAUUAGUGUGAUGCUUUAAACCUCUGGGAAGUGGUGCAACAUGAACCUAUUUUCUUCUUCAUUGUGCUUCAUACAUGUUAGGGUCUGGGGGCAAAGGACUGUCAUACUUGGGCAGCAAGCACAGUCACUUGCCAAAGGCUGUGCAGAUGAAACACACACAAAGCCAAUUAGGACUGUGUCAUUUUUUCCUGUGACUUUGCUGGAGGGACUUUGGAAAGGACUUUGCAAAUCAGCAACAGCUACGCAUGGUCCUCAGCUCUGUGCUUUACAGAACGGCGUCUCUUUCUUUGCCAGGACCAUCAGAAUGGCUUUGCUGCGCCCCACAAGUGCUAACUUACCUGUGUUUAUUGAUUUGUAGAA